AUGGCCUGGCCAUACGGGUUUCCCAGCCUCACCCAUGAGGAGAAGCUGCUGCGGCGCCAAACACUCGACUUGUAUGCUUGCAUCGCUCAUUACUCAGCCCUUGCACCGGCUCUUAUUUAUCUAUUAUAUCGCCUCCUGAAACGUGUUGCAUAUCAAGUUGAACCUGGGUCGUUGAGCGAACAAGCUCGUUACAAUCUUGUUCCGAGCUCUCCUACUGUCAAGGCUCAACUGCAGCGCCCAUCAGGGAGGUUUGCAUCGCAAUGGCGCAAAGUUGCAUGGUGGUUUAGCGAUGAUGUCUAUUUCCUCGGUCUUUGCUGGGGACAGAGAGAUGAAUGGGUUCUGGGAGCCAUCUGGACGGCUUGGCUGCUUGUACUUUCUAUUAAAGGCACGGGGAAUGAUUAUUUCCAUCUCACCAAGCGCUUCGGUGCCAUUGCCGUGUCCCAAUUACCAAUCCAAUACCUCUUGGCCCUGAAGGCUUUGAACCCAGUUGCCUGGAUCUUUGGCUCGUCCCACGAACACAUCAACCGCUACCACAGAGUCCUCGGACGCAUCAUUUACGGCCUCUUGUGGCUUCACUUGAUAUUUUACAAUGCAUACUUUAUCAUGCAAGGCAUUUGGCUCAAGCGCAUCUUUGACUCUGUUGUUUUGUGCGGUGUCGUUGCCUCAUUUGGAUAUCACGGCAUUGCGACCACCGCCAUGCGGAAAGCGAGAGAGUAUUCAUACAGACUAUUCUUCAUCACUCACCUCAUCGUGGCAUUAUUUACACCUGUCCUGCUCUUCUUUCACGCGUCAUCAGCUAGAUUCUAUAUUACCGAGGCUUUUGCCAUCUUCAUCCUCGACCUAGCUGUGCGACGAAUCACCACCAUCAACGCCCCAUCAACGAUGGAAAACAUACCCGGGACAACUCUCGUCAAAGUCACGUCCUCCAUCCCCGUGCACAAGUUGACUCCUUUCCGUGCCACCCCCGGCUCACACAUCUACUUGAGUGUCCCACCGCAAGGUCGCUCCGCAGCUGUUCCAUCUUCCAAGUCUGCCAUCUUUGAUUACCUGUACAAUCCCUUCACUGUUGCUGCUGUUGACGCCGAAGAAGGCACCAUCAGCCUCAUCGCUCGCGUCAGAAACGGGCCCAUGACAAACGUCCUCUCCGCCUAUUCGUCCGCAACACCCCGGCCACCCUCAGGAUCCCGCAAGAUCACCCUGGGUGUUGAAGGGCCUUACGGCACCAUGGCCACAAAGUACAACGACCUUCUGAGUUGGGGAGCCACCAAAGUUCUUCUUGUAUCCGGUGGAGUAGGCGCAACAUUUACCCUGCCAAUUUACCAAGAGCUUCAGAGAGACCUGUCCUCUGCCAAGCUGCAAUUCAUAUGGGCCAUCCGUGGCGCCGGCGACGCCACAUGGGCCGUGUCAAACAAAGCCACAGGGCAAGUUGUUCUCGAAGAUCCCAAUAUCCAGCUCUACUUGACAGGAGACAUGGGCGUAGGUGAAGACAACGAUGACCCUGCUGGAGGCUCUGUCGAGAUGUCCAGUAUGCGUAGGACGAACGGACGGUUGACGGCGAAUCAUAAUAGAAAGAGACCCAAUAUCGAAAAGAUUGUAGAUGACAUGUUCAGAGGGAGUCCGGACGAAUCAGUCGCAGUUUUAGUUUGUGGGCCGGUCCAAAUGACUCGAGAGGUACAGCGAAGAGUGAGGCCAUGGGUGAUGAAGGGCCGAAGAGUUUGGUGGCAUAACGAAACAUUCGGCUGGUAA